GGGGCUGCCGGGAGCGGAGAAGCCCUGGGAAUCGGAAGUGGCCGGUGCUGGGGCUGCGCUGGUGAGCGCGAGCGGCGGCGGGGGUGGAACAGCUGGAGUUUGGACACAGAAUUGAUUUUUGGCCAGGACAAAUGCUGGAAGUCAGCAGAAAGGCUGAAUUUGGAAUGCAACUAGAAGAAGUUUAUCAAAUUAAUAGUCAAUUGAACUAAAUCGGAAUCUGUUCUUACGAAAAGGAAAAGAGUGCAUGCGAAAUGAAGAGGAUCUAAUGCAGUAGACGUACUGUAAUAUUCUACCAUAGAAGAUUUGAAAAUGACCUUGUCUCAAUGAUGUAAUCCAUUUCCACUUACCUGCAAAAGGAGACAACAGUUUUGACCCCAGUGUUACAAACAUGUUUGGAAAUCCCUGUAGAAGAAAAGCAUCUCAGAAACUAAGUGUUUUGCUGAUCAUUUUUGGGUUUGUUUGGGGAUUGAUGCUUCUUCGAUACACUAUUCAGUAUCCAAGACACGAAAACAGUGUUAAAUUACGUGAGCAGAUUCUAGAACUAAGUAAAAGAUAUGUUCGAGUACUAGCGGAAGAAAAUCAGAAUAUGAUAGAUGGUGCAUCAAUGGCAGGUUCUGCUGAUCUAAAGAAGACAAUUGCUGUCCUCCUUGAUGACAUAUUGCAGCGCCUGGGGAAACUGGAAAACAAAGUAGACGACAUUGCUACAAUUGGCUCUACAAACAGCACCAACAGUACAAGUGGGAAUGUUGUUCAAGCUCCUCCCAGUAAACAAGGGAAUGUUCCAGUGAUUUCAGACCUGUGUGGUUUAACAUCAAUAGAUGGUUUUCCACAUUGUGAAGAGAAAAUAAUGUGGAUGAAGGAGAUGUGGCAGUCUGAAUCUUGUUAUGCAAAUUAUGGUGUAAAUGGAUCUACGUGCUCAUUUAUUGUUUAUCUCAGUGAGGUUGAGAAUUUUUGCCCUAUGCAUCCAGUAAGAAUAAGGCAAAUUGCAGAUGACACUGCCUUAAAACCCAAGGUACAAAUUUUGGCUAGUCUGGAAGGUUUGAUUGAAUUACUAUCUUCACGAGAAGAACUUUUAUGGAUAAAACAACGAAUACAAAGGAUGGAAGGAAAAUGGAUAACUGCUUUAACAUCUUUGGUUAAAAAGCAGAAUUUAGAACAUCAACCAAAGAAAAAGAUUUUAUUGCAUUUAGGUCUUUUGACAAAGGAAUCGGGAUUUAAAAUAGCUGAGAACGCUUUUAAGGGAGGUCCACUUGGAGAGCUGGUUCAGUGGAGUGACCUGAUCGCCUCUGUUUAUUUACUAGGUCACUCCAUGACACUUUCUACAUCAGUGAUGGAGCUGAAAAGUCACUUGAGCACCCUCACUGGAAAUACUGCUGGAUGUCCUAUCAGGGGAGAAAAGCUGCUGGACCUUAUAUACAUUGACAUUGUAGGUUUAAAACAACUGAACAGUAUACUUGGAGCAUCCUUUACCCAUUAUCGGUGUGUGCUGCGAGUUCUUGAUUCCUUUGGAACUGAGCCAGAAUUUAAUCACGCUCAAUAUGCCAAGAAGAAAAACCAUGGGUCGCCUUGGGGUAAACUCAAUCUGAUCCCAAAACAGUUCUACAACAUGUUUCCCCACACACCUGACAACAGCUUCCUGGGCUUUGUGGUGGAACAGCAUUUUAACAGUGAUAACAUCACUCAGCUUCGUAAAAACCAAAGGACUAAUAAAGCUCUGGUUUAUGGUAAACUGGCAGAGUAUUGGGAGGAUAAAACCUCUUACCUGGAUAUUGUCAGAAAAAAAGCUGAGGUCCAUGGUACAUUUCACAAUGAACAUAGAGUACAGAUACCGGACUAUGUUGUCAAUCAUGGAAUUCUCAAUGGGCUAAACCUUCAGCUCUUGCUAAGCAAGUCUAAGGUCUUUGUAGGCCUGGGAUUCCCCUAUGAAGGUCCUGCACCAUUGGAAGCAAUAGCAAAUGGUUGUAUCUUUUUGAAUCCAAAAUUUAGGCCUCCAAAGAACAGACAAAACACAGAUUUUUUCAAGAAGAAGCCAACUUUCCGAGAGCUAUCCUCUCAGCAUCCAUAUGCAGAGAUUUAUAUUGGGAAGCCUCAUGUAUGGACUGUUGACAUUGAAAACCCCAGUGAAGUAGAAGCAGCACUGGAUCAAAUCAUGGAACUGCAGGUUGAGCCAUAUUUGCCAUACGAAUUCACAAAUGAAGGAAUGUUGGAAAGAUUAAAUUGGUUCAUUGCGAAACAGGAUUUCUGCCGCCAGAGAGAAAUAUGGCCACCACUGACUGCGCUCAGGACAAAAACUGCCAAACCCCACCAGUCCUGUGUUGAAGUCUGCCAGGAAAGCCAACUGAUUUGUGAGCCUGCUUUCUUCUACCAUCUCAACAAGCAGGCAGAGCUUGAGAGAUAUGGGAUACACUGUAAGACUUUAGAAAGACACAGUGAUCUAUAUGCACCUUCCUAUGACCCUGCAAACCAGAAGUGUGUGCUCCAGUCAGAUUACCUGCUCUUCAGCUGUGCAGGAUCACAUGAAAAUUACAAUCGAAUUUGUCCCUGUCGAGACUACGUCAAAGGACAGGUUGCUCUCUGCCAGCACUGUUUGGAGAAAUGAUUGCACAGCUAAUCUACUUUGUUUACAGAAGCAAAACAUACUGCUGUCAAAUGGUUUAUCAAAAGGGAAAUCAAUAGCAAACGUACGCAAGCGAAAACAUAAUGACUUUUUAUAAAAGAAAAAUGAGUGAACCAAAAAACUAUUAUAUAAGAUCAAGUCUUAAAUUUCAAAGAUGAAAUCAGAUUAU